AAGAACAUGUCAGUCAAGGAAUGCAUGCGCAGAACUCCUCAACUGCUCCUAUACGCAAGUGCAAUGCAAACUAAUUAACAGUUCACCUGAGUGUUUUUUUUAAGGGAGUUCACCUGACUGUAGAAAUCAGGAGUACCACGUCACGUUUGUCUUGACGUGUACGGGAUGGACACACUUAUAAGCCUCAACUAUACUAUUAUUGUCAAAUAGAUUUUUUUCUCAGAAACCAAUCUAUCGACCGCCACCGGAUCCCAUCAUGCUCGCAACGACGACGCACGCCGGCGAAUCCCAGUGGUCGGAGCUCCCGCCGGACCUUCUCCGCGACAUCUCUGGCCGUCUCCACGCCACGGUCGACUUCGUCCGCUUCCACGCCGUCUGCCGGCCGUGGCGCGAGACGGUCGUCGUCGAUGGUGCGCCGAAGAACUUCCUGCCGUGGCUCCUGGCGCCGUCCGACGCCCACGUCGCAAGCGCCGACCUAGCGGACCAGCGCUGCCGCUGCGUCUUCUCCAGGACGAGCUGCCGCGCGCCGGGCAUCUGCAUCCGGGACAGGAGGGUCGCGUGCGCCGACGGCACGGCGGCGUGGUUGGUCGGCGGCAACAACGAGCCCUGCCUCGUCAACCCUCUGACCGCCGCCCACCUGCCUUCCCCCCUCAGGUGCACGCCGCGACGCAGGAUGCCAGAUCGCACCCACCGCGUCGUCUCCGGCGACGGCACCAUCCUCGUGUACGACUUCACGCCGCAUCCACCAGGCCGCAGAGCUGAUUAUGGUUUUGUUCGCGAAGAUUUCGAGGGCGCCAUUCUGUGCCCCGAGAAGGAUUGCCCCGAUCACGAGCCAUGGAUGGGUGUAUCACGUGAUCUCGGAACCGACCGCUGCUGCGCCGCCGUCUACAACCACGGCGACGUCGUCUGCUCGGACCUGCCCGGCAAGAUACGCCGGUGCAGCUACCUCCUGGAGUCUCGCGGUGGUGGCGAGCUCCUGCUGGCCAGCGUUCUUCAAGAGGCCUGCGGCGGCGGUCGGCUGGCCUGCGAUCUGUCGGUGUCGCUGCACGCUCUGGAACGGGAAGGAGGCGAGGAGCCGCUGGUGGAGUGGACGAGGAGGGACGAUGGCACGAGCAUGCUCGGUGACGACGUCCUGUUCCUGGGUUUCCCGGGCAGCUUCGCCGUGGAAGCCGCGCGGUUCGGCGGCGAGGUGAGCGGCGGCACCGCCUACUUCGUCAUGGACAACGACUCAGGCGGGCAGACGGAGGAGCCAUGCAGGGUGUACAGGUACAGCUUCCACGACGGCGCGGCGACGCUGGUGGAGACGCUGCCGCCCGGAUGGCACGACGCGAGGUGCAUGUGGUUCCUACCCGAUCCCCAGAUAUCUCCGAUCCGGCGGGGAGGUCCGGCGACCAGCAGCGGCAGCUCCCGGCGGGGAUCUGUCCCCGAAGGUGGAUAACUCCGGGCUGCGAGAGAUGUUCAGCAAGCACGGGAAGGUGGCCGGCCGGCGCAAGGGUCGCGUUCGACAAGCUAGAAGGGGCGAUCGCGAGGGUUGGGGUUCGUGACCAUGGCGACGCAGGAGGGAUUCGACAACGCCAUGGCUGCUCUCAACGCCGUGGAGGCACUUCAAAUUGCUUUCCCAUGUUGCUGAUUCUUCCGACGAUUUUCAGUUAUUUAUUUCACACGUUGACCGGAUCGAUAAUGCUGUGAGGGUUCUGAUG